AUGAGCUCUGAAAAUAUUGGUGCAAAUGGAAAUGGGGACUGCUUGGGUUGGGCUGCAACAGAUGAAUCUGGAAUUUUAUCACCUUACAAGUUUAGCCGAAGGUCUCUUCAAAACGAUGAUGUUUCCGUAAAGAUUACACACUGCGGAAUUUGUUAUGCUGAUGUGCUUUUUCCAAGGAACAAGCAUGGAAAUGCAAAGUAUCCAAUGGUGCCCGGACAUGAGAUUGCUGGAAUUGUGCAAGAAGUUGGUUCCAAUGUUCGUGGCUUCAAAGUCGGUAACCAUGUCGGAAUAGGAACUUAUGUUAAUUCAUGCAGAAACUGUGACUAUUGUGGUGAUGGUCUUGAAGUUUUUUGUGAAAAGGGAGCAGUUUAUACUUAUAACAAUGUUGAUGAGGAUGGCACAAUUACACAAGGAGGGUUUUCCAGUUACAUUGUUGCUCAUCAAGGGUACUGCUUCCGGAUACCAGAUGGCUAUCCAUUGGCCUCAGCAGCUCCUCUGCUUUGUGCUGGCAUCACUGUUUACACUCCGAUGAUGCGCCACAAGAUGAACCAGCCCGGAAAAUCUCUAGGGGUGAUUGGACUUGGUGGCCUUGGUCACUUGGCAGUGAAAUUUGGGAAGGCUUUUGGGCUAAACGUGACCGUUUUCAGCACGAGCACAUCGAAGAAAGAAGAAGCUCUAACUCUGCUUGGUGCAGACAAUUUCGUGGUCUCGUCCGACCUAGAGCAGAUGACGGCCCUGGCUAAGUCACUUGACUUCAUUAUUGACACAGCAUCUGGUGAUCAUCCAUUUGAUCCAUACAUGUCCCUGUUGAAGACUGCUGGUGUUCUUGUCUUGGUUGGGGCUCCAAGUGAAGUCAAAUUGAGUCCUCUAAGCCUGAUUGGGGGUAUGAAGUCGAUUUCUGGUAGCGCAACGGGCGGUACGAAGCAGACGCAGGAAAUGCUAGACUUCUGUGCUGCUCACAAGAUAUAUCCAAACAUAGAAAUAGUCCCAAUUCAGUAUGUAAAUGAAGCUCUUGAGAGGCUGAUAAAGAGAGAUGUGAAGUACCGUUUCGUGAUAGAUGUUGAAAGCUCCCUGAAAUGA